GGUCCCAUGGCGGCGCCUCCGAAGCCGUGGCAGCGUCGCACACCUGCGGCAGGUGCAUCUCUCGCACCGUCACCUCUCCCUCACUCCACCUCUUCACCUCUGCCCUCGCCGUCACAGCCGCAGCCAACAGCCAAAGAGGAGCCAGCGGCGUCCAGUACUGUGCCCGCGCCAGAACCAGCUGCUGUUGCGGCAUUAGCCAGGUGACAAAGCCAGAUGGGCGUGGAAGGGAAGUCUUGAAAGCUUGCUGGUGUGUUCUUGUGUGUUUCGGCGUCAGCGAUUCCAAUGUCGUCGUUCCGUUCACUCGUGCGCCACCGGCUGCGACCGACGGCAGCAGCCUUCUCCCGAGCGCAACUGCUCCGGCUGGUGCUGCACAACAGCCGUCCGGCGGUGCCCUCUCUUCGUCGACGGCCGUGCCAUCGUACAUGUCGUCGUAUCCCUCCGGCACCUUCAUGAACACGGGCUACGGGGCCAGCUACAGCAGCUACCCACAAUCGUAUAAUCGGCCCAGUGCUUACAGUGGCUAUGGGUGGCGGAGCGGGGCGGCUUACGGUGGUUACGGCGGGGGGUAUGGCGGCUACAGCACAUAUGGGGGGGGAAUGCCUUACGGUUACGGCUACGGCAUGUACAACAACGACGGCAGCUGGUUCGGGGGCAUGGCUGACUCACUGGGCCGCUUCAACCAGCUGCUGGACCUCAACACAUGGUUCCUCGACCAGAUCUGUGACAAUGCCACGACGCUGGGAGGGCGGCUCAGGCACCUCAGUGCCACACUCGCAUGGCUGCCCGGCGCCCUCAUGCACCUCACGGCCCAGUCGUAUCACACAUACGUCCCGCAGGCCGUCCAGCUGGCGCAGAAGGUCCGGAGUAUCGUCAACCACCAAGCGGCCAGGCUGCUGCUGCUGGACCCCCUGCCGCCGCCCUCAGGCAUCCAGGACGACGCCGACAGUAACAUAACGGCUGGCCUACUGCCAUUGCGGGCGCCGCGCACCAACGGCUCGGCUGCCGGCGGCAAUCCACAGGAGCCUUUGACGUUUGUCAAGUGCACGCCACACAGCCGCUCGGCAUCGUCACCCCUCCUGCCCCACUCGACCACCGACCAUACAGCAGCACCCGACCCACGCACAUGCGCCACUCGCACGGCCAUGCGGGACGGGUACAGCGAGCUGCAAAGACGGCGGCGGCAGCUGAGAUUGACGCUCCUGCUGCUCUUUCUCUUCCUGGUUUAUGGCGUGCUAUCGCUGCUGGGGUGGCGGUGGGUGGUGGGCGGGGGCAAGGGCAAGAGAAGACGGCGGCGGCGGGGUGAUGUGAGGAGGCAGCUUGAUGUGUGGCAGCAACAGCAGCCGCAUGUGCACGUUGAGGGGAGGUGGGAUGCCCAUGCCAGGGAGUGGGAGGGCAUCUAUCGCUCGGGUAGUGUUGGGGCAGGAGUGGCGCCGAGCAAUAGCCAGGGAUUCCCGGCUCUCGGACCCCCCGUUUUCUCGCAAAUAUGAAUGAACAUGACGGGACACAUCCGAGGCAAGGCAAGGCAGAGUGCGUGUUUUUCCUGUACACACAUACACGCAAUGGCAGUUUUGUCUCCCUCCCGUACUUAUCUUCGUGCGGGUGUCUGUCAUGGUCGUAUUCAGACUUGCUGCCUGGAUGGGAUGACAGCUGACGCGGCAUGGCCCGUCAUGUCAUGUCAUGUCAUGUAUGUGAGAAUGGUGUGGCCGUCGUACAUGAGGGGCUUCGCCGGAUAUGAUCGGUCGGCUCGGCUCCCUUCACGUGUACCGUGGAGAGGCAGAGAAUGAAUCUAUGUCGCCGUCUUUUGUUGUAUUUAUU